AUGUCAGAAAGAUUUGCUAUAAUCGGGAGGGGAUUUGAAGGAGAAGGCGAUUCAAUCAGAAUAGAUUGGAUCAAUUCGAUUGAGAGGGACAACUUGGGCUGGGAACCACUCAAGACUCUUGGCAGCCUCGACCAAUCAGCUGUUGGCACUGAUAGAACAAUAUUAAUCAGUGAUGCUGGUGAAGUUUAUGCCUUUGGAAAAGAUUGUUUUAGCAAAUCUAAGUCAGAAGUCCAAGAAACUAAGCUGAUCACAACUCCUCAGCGGGUCAAGUCCUUGACGGAGAUCUUUGUGGUACAAGCUACGAUAGGAAAUUACUUCACGGCGGUUUUGUCGAGAGAAGGCAGAGUCUAUACAUUAUCAUGGGGAAGCGAUGAAAGACUCGGUAAUGAUACUGACCAUAGCUGUUCGUUGCCUCAACCUCUGUUGGGUGCCUUGGAGAACAUCCCUGUCGUGCAAAUUGCUGCUGGCUUUUGCUAUCUCCUUGCUUUAGCAAUUCAACCCACCGGCAUGUCGGUGUACUCAGUUGGAUGCGGUUUGGGUGGCAAGCUUGGGCAUGGUUGUGACGACUGUGAAACACAGCCUCGUCUGAUUGAGCAGUUUGGUUUUUUAAACAUUGAACCGGUUAUGGUCUCAGCAGGUACAUUGUGUGUUGAUGAUCCGUUUUGUUUUUGAUGUUGUUAUUUGUGUUAGCUAAUGAUGAUUAGUAACUGUUUCUGUUCUUGACACAUGAUUGUAUAAUUUUAGAGUACAUUGUUAUCUCCUUUUAAGAAUUGCACUUCUUUUAUAAUA